AACCAAAUAAAUAAAAUUUUAAAACAUUGUGAGUGAAGUGAGUCGUGAGUUGUCAUCUGCCGUGAAGACCAGUUGUAGUGUGUCCCUCCGCUACAAAUUCCGGCUUCUAAUGGCAUCAGAUGACCACUCACUGUCUCUGGAGAUAUUAGUUCGUGAACCUGAAGAAUUUUCACUGUGGACUGGACCCCCUUUCGCCAAUGGCCAACCUGGUGUUAAGCUCGAAAAAGUUAAUUGUGUGAAUGCAAAAUUCAGUGAUGAUGGGUCUAAACUCAUGGUCAUGAAAUCCAAUUCUGUGAUUAGUGUUUAUGACUGCAAAAAUGCUAAAGAGAUUAGGUCUUUUGAAGUGCCCAAUGUUGGAGCUGCUAUCUUGUCCCCAUGUGGUACUUAUUUGCAAACAUUUCAAAAACUUUCUGUGCCACAAGAAAAGAACGUCACACUGUGGAAAACGGAGACUGGUGAUCAUGUUUAUCAACACUCCCAAAAGAACAUCACAAAGACCAAUUGGCCUGCGAUUCAAUUCAGCUCCGAUGAAGCUACCGCAUGCCGGUUGGCAACGAAUGAGGUACAAUUUUUUGAUGCUGGGGAUUUCUCUAAAGGAGUUAUCCAUCGGUUAAGAGUUCCACGAGUUGCUGCUAUUGAGCUUUCAAGUGCACCUGGGUCUCAUAUAGCUGCCUUUUUUCCAGAAUCCAAGGGCGGUCCUGCUAGUGUACAAAUAUUUGCUUGUGGAAAUGCUUCUCAAAGUCAACCCAUUGCUCGACGGAGUUUUUUCCGAUGUUCAACCACCCAACUUAAAUGGAAUCGUGGUUCUACUGGGCUUCUAGUGGUGGUGCAGUCAGAUGUUGACAAAACUAAUCAGAGUUACUAUGGAGAAUCAAAGUUGUGCUACCUUACAACAGAUGGGAUGCAUGAAGGACUUGUGCCUCUUCAGAAAGACGGGCCUAUUCAUGAUGCUCAGUGGUCAUGUUCUGGCUUGGAAUUUGCUGUUGUAUAUGGGUUUAUGCCUGCUAAAGCAACUUUGUUUGACAAGAAGUGCAAUCCUUUGCUGGAGCUUGGAACUGGUCCUUACAACACUAUUCGAUGGAAUCCCAAAGGCAAAUUUUUAUGUUUGGCUGGCUUCGGUAACUUGCCUGGUGAUAUGGUAUUCUGGGAUUACAUAGAUAGGAAACAGCUUAAAGCAACUAAAGCUGAAUGGUCCGUGACUAGUGAAUGGUCUCCGGAUGGGUGCUAUUUCAUGACAGCGACAACAGCUCCAAGGCUUCAAGUUGACAAUGGGAUCAAGAUUUUUCACUACGAUGGGUCAUUGUACUUCAACAAGAUGUUUGAGAAGUUGUACCAGGCUGAUUGGAAACCAGAGUCACCAAGUAAGUUUGGUGACAUCAAUGAAUUAAUCAAGUCUCUAGACUUGGGAAAAGUUGAAGAUAAAAAACCAGCAGGUCAAGGACCAAAAUCAACCCAGGCUUCUAUAAAAGCCUCUUCUGCCAACCCCCCUGUACAAAAACCUGCUGCUUAUCGCCCACCACACGCUAAGAAUGCAGCUGCUAUUCAGGCAGAGUUGCUUGGAGAGAGCUCUGCAGAAUCAAUGAGCAAGAAUGCGUUACGAAACAAGAAAAAGAGGGAGAAACAGAGGGAGAAAAAGGCUGCUUCUGAUGCCAGUUCUUCGUGAUCCCUGACCCAUUCUAAGUUCCUUUUCUACUACUACAUGAAAAUUUGAGUCUUCUGGUUUAUGUUUCCUAGAUUUAAUUAUAUCACGUGGGGGCAGCGAACUUGGGCAGUUUUGGUUUGAUCAGAUUUUGAUGUGACUGUAAUUUUGUGGUUUUGUAGUUUCCUAUUGGGAUAUAAAUGGUGAGAGUUGCCUCCAUUGGAAGAGAAGUGGAAUAAUGAGCAUGAUAAUUACAUAUACACACAGAAAAGAUAGGAAUAAAAAUAAACGCCAGCUCAAAAGUAAACGGUGCAUAAACCCCAAAGCCUUUAUAUGCAUGAUAUUCCCUCUUAUUGGUUCCACUUAUUUCUUUACGAUGAAUAAUAUAU